AUGGCUGGUUCCUGGAUUCAGGUGCUGGCGGACUGUGGCGGAGGAUUGCACAGGUGUGGGGAGUUGGGGCAGGCCCGGGAAGGGAAGCAGGUGCGCCAGGGUGUGCAGAAGGUACAGUGUCUCAUUCUGGGGAUGAAGGAAUACCGGGGUGGUGACGUGAAAUUCUUCAUGGGCAGGAUUAUGCAGGUCACAGCCCUGGCGGCGUUCAUCUGCAUAGAGACCAUCAUGGAGUGCUCGCCCUGCGAAGGCCUCUACUUUUUCGAGUUUGUGAGCUGCAGUGCGUUUGUGGUGACUGGCGUCUUACUGAUUCUGUUCAGUCUCAACCUCCACAUGAGGAUCCCCCAGAUCAACUGGAACCUGACGGACUUGGUGAACACCGGGCUCAGCACUUUCUUUUUCUUCGUCGCCUCGAUCGUCUUGGCUGCUCUGAACCACACAGCUGGAGCGGAGAUUGCCGCCGUGAUAUUCGGCUUCUUGGCGACAGCAGUGUACGCAGCGAGCGCCUUCCUGUCCCUGCAGAAGUGGAGAGGCAGCCUGAGCCAGCAGAGCACCAGCGACUACAUCCGGGCCCGCUCCGAGUCCAGGGACGUGGACAGCCGCCCCGAGAUCCAGCGCCUGGACACGUGAGGACCGGCGGGGCCUCGCCCUCCCGCCCAGCCCUGCAAUCAAACUUUCUUCCCCUCGUCACGUCAGAUUCCCAUGUGAUCACAUCGGAUGCUGCCCUCUGCAGAAAGAAGUUCACUCGGGUAACAGGUUUUCUGAGUGGCCCUGCUAGCGGGUAUGUGGGUGGAGGGCACCCCGGUGCCUAGCUGUCCAGACAGCAGUGGGCAGGCCUGGCCGUGGCUUCUCCAGCCUGUGGGGACUGUGGAGGGCAGCUGGCCUCCUGGCUGGCCGAGUCCACCCUCGAGCUGACUCGGAGAAGGAGAAGGACUCUCUGUCACGCGUGUUUGCAGCAAGUCGAGACUGGGGAUGGAAUGGGGUUCCUGAGAGGCACGAGGAACCAUGAAGGAAUUAUGACGGAGGGGCAGCAAUCCCCGGGCAGCUCCUGGGGGCUGCUGCCCUGCUUGUGUGUGCCCCAGGGUGGUGCUGAAAACCGGCCGGACCCUCACUUCACACAUUCUCCCCCCACCUGCCUGACCUGGGCUGCAGGCGGCCAGCACAGCCAGAAGGUCAUGUGUGAUCCUGAGGGUCUGGGUGGAGGGAUGAGCUCCCCAACUCUCCCUGGACCUCACUGGGUUAGGAAUCUCUGAUGUCCACUUGGGACAGCUG